UCUUUCACUUACAAUCAAAAUCACUCUCUUUUCUCACAUUUCCUUCUCCUUCAAAGAUGCAUCCUUGGCUUGAAAAUAUAGUCAAUCUAUGCAGGAAAAGGAAGAAUGACAACAUCAACAUGGCUUUAUUCGACCAAGACCCUCAUGCAAGUUCGAUUGAUCUCAAAAGGCAUUGCUAUGGACAAUUUUCCAGUGCUUUUGUUCAAGCAAAUGAAGCUAUGGAAGAUCAUAGCCAAGUUGAAGUUGCCUCUAGAAAAGCACUCUUUCUUGGAGUUUACGACGGCCAUGCUGGCUUCGAAGCUUCCGUCUUCAUCACUCAACACCUCUUCGACCAUCUACUCAGGGCUGUGCGAGCGAAUGAGAAUAAAAUAACUGAACCUACCCUGAGGGAUGCUGUUUCUGCUACUGAAGCAGGUUUUUUGGAAUAUGUAGAAAAAAAUUAUAGGCAAAAAAAUAAUCUUGGAAAAGUUGGUUCAUGCUGUCUUGCUGGAAUUAUAUGGAAAAAGACGCUACAUGUUGCGAAUCUUGGAGAUUCGCGUGCUGUAAUUGGUACUAUGGUUAAUAAUAAGAUCCAAGCUGAGCAGUUGACAAGAGAUCACAAUUGUAAAGAUGAAGCUAUUAGAAAAGAACUCAUGUCAGAGCAUCCUGAUGAUACUACCAUUGUGAUGUAUGAGAGGGAAGUGUGGCGCGUUAAAGGCAUCAUUACGGUUAGUAGAAGUAUUGGUGAUACAUAUUUGAAGAGGCCUGAAUUUAGUUUGGACGAAUCGUUCCCCAAGUUUGAAGAAGUGCCUGAACCAUUUAUUAGAGGCGUGUUAUCAGCAGAGCCGGAGAUGCGUUCUAGAGAUUUAACAGAGAACGAUAAGUUUCUGAUAUUUGCUUCUGAUGGACUUUGGGAUUUCUUGUCAAAUGAACAAGCAGUUGAAAUUGUUCAAAACAAUUCAAGAAAUAUAUGUGGAAUUGCAAAAAGGCUUGUGAGUACUGUUCUAGCACAAGCGGCUGCUAAUAGGAAUUCUACCUAUAAUACCAUGAAGAAUGCUAAUCUGGGACGUGGCGAUGGGAACAGGAGGUAUUUUCAUGAUGAUAUAAGUGUGAUUGUUGUGUUCUUGGACAAAAAGUCGAUUCUGAGGAUGCCCCUACAUAAUUUGUCCUACAAAAGCUCAUCUGCCAGACCUACAACAUCAGCUUUUGCAGAGUCUGGAUUAACCAUGCAUGGGCUGCAGAGGCUGCAGAAGACUAUUAAAAACCGGUUUCAAGCAAGUUCAUCGCAGGAAGGCGAGAGCUCUCAGACUCAGGACCCUGAGGGCGAGAGCUCUCAAACUCAGAGCCUUUUGGGUCAGAGUUCUCGGGCUGCUAAAGAAAAAAUAUACGAAUAA